CAGGGACAGGAGAGCCUCACAACCUAACCAGGAAGUAUUGAGGAAUCCAGUAUCUCAUACAUUAACAGAUUAUUAGGAGGAAACAAGAAGGGCUAAGUGGCUUUACUGACAAUUGGAAAAGAGCAGCAGAGGACUGGAAAGGAUGGAGGACAGAGACAGGAGACAAGCAUCAUGAUUAAUUCUCCAAACAAGCUGAGAUACAAGCAGUAUAACAGGAAGGAUUCCAUCUUAAGGCUAAGAUUCCAUUUUAAAAGCCAGGAAGUUAGAAGGGGGUGUGUCCUGGGCUUGUCUGCCUGCAAACACAGCAAUGUGCCCUAGGAGUUGCUCGUGAACCUGUACACAGGCCAGUGAACGGCUGGGCUUCGGACGUGAAGGUUGUCUUUGCAGACCGUGUAGGAAGUGACUGAGCCCCAAGUGCACCGGAGGAAGGGCUCCCUCAGACUGUGAGGUGAAGAGAGAAACACCAGUCACAAGUGGAUGUGAAUUGUCGCCGACAUGCUUCAUAGUCCAGCCAUUCAUGACUGCACUGCAGAGCAGUGACUGGGAACCGCUGGUCUGAAGCCCUGACUAUCAGAAGGCAACGUGUGGGGCAGACCUCAGGGAUGGCAGGGUUUGCAUGAAGGUUAAAGGACACCCAGAAAGCAACCCCUGCAGGGUUCACCACUCGUCUGGCCACAGACUGAACCCAGCUAUUGAUGUUCAGUCCGGGGAAAGGAGCGGGACGUGCGGAAGAUGAGAGUUGGAAUGUUCUGGCUCUUCUCCUUCACAGUCAUUGAGGGCCGAGCCGACUUCCCAGGGAGAAAUGAUGGCGUCAAAACAAAAAGAGAAUUCACUGUGGAUAAGAGAAGACAUCUCGGCCCCGUCCUGGAAUAUGAGCUGCUGCUUCAGGUGGCCUAUAGAGAUCCCAAGGAGAAAAGAAAAUUGAAGAAUUUUCUGAAGCUUUUGAAGCCUCCAUCAUUAGGGUCAUAUGGGCCAAUGAAGAUUAUCAGAGUGAAGGCCACCACGUAUUGUGGCAACCAGAAUGGAAUCCUGCAGUGUGCCUGUGAAGAUGGCUACACCUGGUUUCCUCCCUCAUGCCUUGAUCCCCAGAAAUGCUACCUUCAUGAAGAUGGAUCACUCCAGUACUGUGACUGUCACCUCAACAACCUCACCCAGAGCAUCAGCUUCUGUGAGAGAACAAAAGUUUGGGGCACUUUUGAAAUUCAUGAAAGGUUUACUGAAGACCUUUUGAAUUCAUCUUCUGCUAUAUACUCCAGUUAUACCAUUGGAAUUGAAGUUCAACUUAAAGAAGCAUACAAAAGAAUCCAAGGUUUUGAGUCAGUUCGGGUCACCCAAUUUCGUCAUUACAGAGAUGGAAGCAUCCUGGCUGGGUAUGAAGUUGUUGGUUCCAGGGGCCUAUCUGAGCUGCUGGCAGCCAUUGAACAUGUGUCUGAGAAGGCUAAGGCAGGCCUUCACAGGCUAUUUCCACUCAAAGACGACUCUUUCAGAGUGUUUGGAAAAGCCCAUUGUAACAGCAUUGUCUUUGGAUUUGCAUCUAAGAAUGACGAGUUCACUGUCCCCUGUAGCCGUGGCUACACUGGAAACGUCAAGGCCAGGUGCAAGUCCUCAGGAUGGCAGAUUCUCUGGGAGAAGUGUGUGUUCUCUCAGCUGGAAGAACUGAAGAAGGAUUUCAGUCUGACUGCAACCAGUGCCACCAGUACAACAGUGUCAUCCUUGAUGAAAAAUCUUUCAAUGGUUGUUCGGCAAAGCCCAUUGACCACGGCUGGGAAUCUGGCUUCUGUGGUAUCGAUCCUGGGCAAUGUCUCAUCCCAGUCCCUGGCAAGCCAUCUCAGGGUAUCCAGUUCGACAAUGGAGGAUGUUAUCGACAUAGCUGACCAUAUCCUAAAUUCGGCGUCCGUGGACAGCUGGACGGUACUCCUGAAGGAACAAAAGCAUGCCAGCUCCUGGUUCCUGGAGACAUUAGAAAACUUGAGCAUGCUGGUUCCUCCGACAGCUCUGCCUCUGAAUUUUUCUCGGGAGUUCAUUAACUGGAAAGGGAUUCCAGUGUCCAAAAGCCAGCUCAAGACAGGUUACAGCUAUCAGACUGAAAUGUUCCCAGACAAUACCUCCAUUCCCAUCAGAGGCCAUGUGUUCAUUGGGCCAGAACAAUUCUGGAAGCCCCUUCCGGAAACUAUCAUCAGCAUGUCCUCGUUGACCCUGGGGAAUAUUCUACCCAGUACUAAAAAUGGAAAUGCUCAGGUCAAUGGGCCCCUGAUAUCCCUGGUUAUCCAAAACUAUUCCAUAAAUGAAAUUUUCUUAACUUUUUCCAAGGUCAAGUCAAACCUGAGCCAGCCUCAUUGCGUGUUUUGGGAUUUCAGGCAUUUGCAGUGGAAUGAUGCAGGCUGCCACCUAGUGAAUGAAACUCCAGACACAGUGAUAUGCCGGUGCACUCACCUGACUUCCUUCUCCAUGCUCAUGUCACCCUUUGUCCCCGCUGCCAUCAUUCCCAUUGUGAAAUGGAUCACCUUUGUGGGGCUGGGCACCUCCAUUGGAAGUCUCAUCUUAUGCCUGAUCAUUGAAACUCUGUUAUGGAAGCAGGUCAAGAAAAACCAGACCUCACACACACGCCAUAUUUGCAUGGUGAACAUAGCUCUGUGCCUCCUGAUUGCUGAUAUUUGCUUUAUUGUGGCUGCCACUGUGGACCCCACAGUGGUGGGCGUCUGCAUAGCCGCAGUGUUCUUUACGCACCUUUUCUACCUCUCCUUGUUCUUUUGGAUGCUCGUGCUCAGCAUCCUGCUGGCUUAUCGGAUCAUCCUCGUGUUCCACCGCAUGGCCAUGCCUUUGAUGAUGGCUGUUGGGGUCUGCCUGGGCUACGGGUGCCCUCUUAUUAUAUCUGUCAUCACCAUCGCGGUCACACAGCCUAGCAACAGCUACAGAAGGAAAGAUGUGUGUUGGCUUAACUGGUCUGAUGGGAGCAAGCCUCUCUUGGCCUUCGCUGUUCCCGUACUGACCGUGGUGGCUGUGAAUUCCGUUGUGGUGCUGUUAGUCCUGACGAAGCUCUGGAGGCCCACCGUGGGAGAAAAGCUCAGUCAGGACCACAAGGCCACUACCAUCCGCAUGGGGAAGAGCCUCCUCAUUCUGACUCCCCUGCUGGGUCUCACCUGGGGCUUUGGCAUAGGAACAAUGGUGGACCCCCAGAACCUGGCUUGGCAUGUUAUUUUUGCAUUACUCAAUGCAUUCCAGGGAUUUUUCAUCUUAUGUUUUGGAACGCUCUUGGAUAGUAAGCUGCGACAACUGCUGUUCAACAAGUUGUUUCCUUUUGGCCCUUGGAAGCAAGCAUCAAAGCAGAAUGCACCAGAGGGAUCUGCCAAAACCAAAUUUGCAAAGUCUUUCAACCCACUGCAACACAAAGGUAACACCCUGGGAGAAGAAAAAUUUAUCACCAAAGAGGACCAGUCCAAGUGGUUUUGGCAAGACCUUAUCUUGCUGGGUAGGAAUCAUAGAUAAAGCAUUUCCAACAGCUACAUUUAUGCCAACCAGAUGGGAGGCAACACCCCUUUGGAAUUGGGACCUGUUGCUGGAAACCAGAGCAGAGAAGCGCCCCAGUGUGAUGCACUCCCAAAGGACACAUAGUUUUUGUGGAUAAGGUUUCCGGGUUAUUAGAGCUGUCUCCUCCAGCCGUGCCCAGACAAGGCAGUUGUGAAUUCAGUGACAACAUGCCGCCGCACACCGCCAAGGGAAAGUCUUUGUGAUGUGAAAUCUUUGCCCAGUGCUGGUGAUAAUGUGACUUUGUUUUGCUAAAGUAGGCUGGGUGGGUGGCCAGCCCCACUUGUCUUCCCUUUUACUGGAUUAUGGGAAAUCUCCAUCAAUUUCAAAAAGUAAUAAAAAGAAGUCGUAUUCCUGGAAUCAUUUGCAGAAUUUAUGUUGACAAUUAUGUUUUAAAGUCUGCCAUGGCAGGAAGCGCCCUGCUUUCUCUUUAGAGCGGUGAUUCUCCAAGUGCAUCUCUGACCAGCAGCACCCAUGUGACCUGGAAUUUGUUAGAAAUGCUAAUUUUUGGACAGACCUCCUAGGUCAGAAACUCUGGAGUGGGACCCAGGGGCUUAACGUUUUAACAAGGCCUCCGGGGGACUCAGGUGCACACUCACAUUUGGGAAUCAUCAAGAUGGGGGGCUAGAGAUUACCACCAGCAGGCUCUGGAGUCCCCCUUAGAUGGGAGGGUAGAGGGUGGGAGUGAGGACUUUUUUGUUUCAUCGUCUAUGGCUGACACUCCUGGGAGCCUCACGAAUCAAGAAAGUCUAGGUAAUGGGAGCGGAGAAGUGUUCAUUGCUGGAUGGCAGGGUUCGAGGCAAUGUCAUGUAACUGUUAGGAAAGCAAGGGUUUGAGGCUCGGCUCCAACACUUACUAAACGUGUGAACUUGGUUACAUUGCCAAACUUUAGUUCCUUCAGCUGUAAGCCAAGGUGGUAACUCCCUAUAAAAUUAUUGUUGGGAGCACACGAGGGAAGCCCGGAAGUUCGCUGCGUACUGCCUGGCAGCUGGGAAGCCUCCAAAAAAUGGUGGCGAUGAAUAAUAUUAAUAAUGCUAAUUUUACAACUGGAGCAUGAUUCUAUAUGACAUCGUUACUGCUUCAAAGCAGGGUGCUUUGAGGAAAGGUGCAGUUGAUCAGGGCCAGUGAUAAAGGGUUGGGAUCUCAGUUGUGCUACUGACCCCCUUGGAAGAAGCUCUCUCAUCUCUGUUUGUAAAAUGGGAAAAAUGACAAUUACCUGCUGGGUCACUGGGAGGCUUUAAUGGAGAAGUAAAGAAAGCAACUUGUGUAGUGUC